AUGCUGCGGUACCUGCUGAAGACGCUGCUGCAGAUGAACCUGUUCGCCGACUCGCUGGGGGCCGAAGGCUCCAACUCUUCCUCCUCACUCCUGCUCGGCAUCAACCGCUCCAUCGCUGCGCUCCACCUGCCCGAUCUCACCCCCGGUAAUGGGUCCCACUCUCAGCUGGAGGACACGGCCCCCCGCAUCGUGGAGCACCCCACGGAUCUCCUGGUCUCCAAGGGGGAACCGGCCACGCUGAGCUGCAAGGCCGAGGGGCGCCCGGCCCCGGCCGUGGAGUGGUACAAAGACGGGGAGCGGGUGGAGACGGACCGGGAGGAUCCCCGCUCCCACCGCACCCUCCUGCCCGGCGGCUCCCUCUUCUUCCUCCGCAUCCUGCACGGGCGGCGGGGCAAGCCCGACGAGGGGGUCUAUGUCUGCGUGGCCAGGAAUUACCUGGGGGAGGCCACAAGCCGGAACGCUUCCCUGGCGGUGGCCGUGCUGCGGGACGAUUUUCGGCAGCCCCCCGGGGAUGUGGUGGUGGCGGCGGGAGAACCGGCCGUGCUGGAGUGUGUCCCGCCCCGCGGCCAUCCCGAGCCCAGCGUCUCCUGGAAGAAGAACGGAGUCCGGCUCAGCGACAAGGACGAGCACCUGACCAUCCGUGGAGGGAAGCUGAUGGUGGCGAGUACCCGCAAGAGCGACGCCGGUGUCUACGUCUGCGUGGCCACCAACGUGGUGGGGGAGAGGGACAGCGAGCCGGCCGAGCUGGUGGUCUUUGAGCGCCCGGCGUUCGGCAAGAGGCCCCUGAACCAGGCAGUGCUGGUGGAGGGGACGGCAGAGUUCGCCUGCGAGGCGGUGGGGGAUCCCCAGCCAGCGGCACGGUGGCACAAGGAGGAGGGCGAGAUGCCACUGGGAAGGUGGGAGGUGCUGCCAGACAACACCCUGCGGAUCAGCCGGCUGCGAGCAGAGGACGAGGGCACCUACACCUGCGUGGCCGAUAACAGCGUGGGCAGGUCAGAGGCAUCCGGCACCCUCACUGUGCAUGUGCCCCCCCAGCUCGUCACUGGGCCCCGUGACCAGGCUGUCACCCCUGGCCAGAGCGUGACCUUCCAGUGCCAGAGCAAGGGCAACCCACCGCCCGCUGUCUUCUGGCAGAAGGAGGGGAGCCAGACCCUGCUGUUCCCGGGCCAGCCCCCGCUCCCCUCCAGCCGUGUUUGGGUGAGCCCCGGAGGUGCCAUGACCAUCGCCGACGUCCAGCCCAGUGACGCUGGCCACUACCUGUGCCAGGCCAUCAGCGUGGCUGGCAGCGUCCUGGCCAGGGCACGCCUGGAGGUGAUGGGGGCACCCACGGAGCUCCACCCGCCGGUGGUCAGCCCCAUUCCCGCUAACCGGACGGUGCUGCCGGUGGGGGCCACGGCCCGGCUGCCUUGUGGGGUGUGGGGCGGUGACCCCUCGGGCAGCGUGGACUGGCUGAAGGAUGGCAGUGCCCUGGUGGGUGCCCAGUCCCGUGCCAGCCUGCUGGAGAAUGGCACCCUGCAGAUCACCAGCCUCCGGGUGAGAGACUCUGGGCUCUAUGAGUGCGUGGCCACCAGCCCAGCGGGCGAGACACGCUGGGGCAGCUCUCUGGAGGUGCAAGGUGAUGAAUCUGACCUCUCCCCACCUUCCCCUGUGCCCGGAGUCCUCCCUGGGCCACCCUCCACCCCUGUGGUCACCAACAUCACCAAAAGCAGUGUCACCCUGAGCUGGAAAGCGAACAAGGACAGCGAUGCCACCCAUGUCACCUCUUACAUAGUGGAGGCUUUCAGCCAGGCAGCGGGUGGCCCGUGGCGGACGGUGGCAGCUGAUGUGGAGGGUGAGACCCACACGGUGAGCGGCCUCGUCCCUGACACCGUCUACCUGUUCCUGGUGCGGGCGGUCAACGCCUACGGGCUCAGUGACCCCAGCGGCGUCUCAGAGCCUGUGCACACCCAAGCAGAUGCCAGCCCCACGCAGCAAGGGCUGGACCCUGAGCAGGUGCAACGGGAGCUGGCCCAAGUGGCUGUGCACCUGCAGGAGCCCGUGGUGCUGCCGCUGGGCGCCGUCCGCCUCUCCUGGACCGUGGAGCGCCCAGCACCCUUCCUUCAGGGCUACCGUGUGCUGUACCGGCGGCGUGGUGGGCGCUGGGAGGAGGCGCGGGCGGUGCGGGCACCGGAGGAGCGGGGGGCCCUGCUCACCGAGCUGCGCCGGGGCCAGGACUACGAGAUCAAGGUCCGACCCUACUUCCGUCAGCUCCAGGGUCCAGACAGCGCCGUGCGCACUCUGCGCACCCCCGAGGCGGCCCCCAGCGCCCCCCCGCGAGCUGUCAGCGUGGCUGGGAAUGGCACCAGUGUCCGCAUCUCGUGGCAGCCACCACCACUGGCCGAGCAGAACGGCGUCAUCCGGGAUUACCGGAUUUGGUGCCUGGGCAACGAGAGCCGCUACCACAUCAACCAGAGCGUGGAGGGGACGGUGCUGGCGACAGUGCUGCGGGGACUGGUCCCCGGGGUCCCUUACCACGCCGAAGUCGCCGCCGCCACUGGCGCCGGUGUGGGUGCCCGCAGCGCCCCUGUCCCCAUCCGCGUCGCCCCCCCGGUGGAGCGGGAUGCGGAGCCAGCGGGCGGGAGCAGCAUGACCGAGCGCUUGGCUGAGGUGGCCAGGCAGCCAGCCUUCAUCGCCGGCGUCGGCAGCGCUUGCUGGGUCGUUCUCGCCGCCUUCGCCGCUUGGCUCUACAGCCGCCGCCGCAGGAAGAAGGAGCUCAGCCACUUCACCGCCUCCUUUGCCUACACACCCACCGGUAAGCCCACAGGUGGCGCGGGGUCCCGGCGCGGCCUCUCGCCGCCCUCACCCCGCUCUCUUUCCGCAGUCGCCUUCCCGACUCCAGCGCGCGGCAGCCCCAGGGCAGCCGCCGGCAGUGGUUACCCGUGGCUGGCGGACGCGUGGCAGGGUGGCGGCACAGCCAGUGCUGCGGGUUGCUUGGGCACCGCUGAGAGAUACUACAAUGACGCCGGCAUCACCCGUUACAUCGCCCAGACGGAGCAGUUUGGGGCGGGGGCCGGCGAGGGGCCGGUUUACAGCACCAUCGAGGCGGACAGUGAGGAGCUCUGCACCUUCCCCCGUCCCUUCUCGCAGUAUGGGACCCCCUAUCCCGGGGUGGGUCCUCAGCCGAUGGAUGCUGCAGCCGCCCAGGCACCCCGAGGAUGGGCUGAGCACGGGGCCAAAGCAAAGCUGGGGCAAGCGGUGAAACUGCCAGCGGUGAGUUGGACGGAGCUGCUGCCCCCUCCACCCUCGGCCAGCGAGCUCAGCCAGUGCACCCAGGAGAAGGAGGAGGAGGAGGAGGAAGAGGAGGAUGAAGAGGAAGAGGCAGCCAGAGGGUUGGGGAUGGAGGUGUGGUACCCUGGUGAGGACAUCCCCUGUGCCACCGCUGCAUCCUCGCCCACCACCUCCUCCGGUUGCCGGUCCAUCACCACGCUGACGCCAUCGCCCCGCACCACCGAGGACAUUCCCCGCCUCCGGGACUUCGACAGCUCCCGCCUGCCCCGGAGACCCCCCCACAGCACCGGCACCCCCCCACAGGCACCCAGUCCCCCAGUGACUCCGGAUGCCAGCGAGGGCCACCCACCCCGAGCCCGCUGCCCCCCCGGCGCAGGGAAACACCGCGGGGCGGCCCCUAAAGGUCGCCUGAAGCCCAAAUGCAGCCGUUACUGCCGGGAAAAGCAGACGGGAGACCUGCCGCCACCGCCGCUGCCGCCACCGGGAGAGACCCGCGGCCCCUCUCCAGAGCGGGAGCCCAGCGGGGCCGAGCGCAGGGUCGCCCAUCGCCCGCCCCGCGGCGACGAGCUCGUCCCCUACAGCAAGCCCUCCUGCCUGCCCCGCGGGCAGGUGUCUGGCAGCUGCUCCACCACAGGCAGCGUCUCAUCCCGCGGCUCCGCCAGCUCCCGGGACCACGGCUCGGGGCGCAGCCGGAUCCCGGCGGAGCGCGGCCAAGGGAGCGGCCAUCGCCGCCGCCCGGGGGCCGCAUUGCCCGGCCCGUCGCAGGAGAAGCGAUAA